GUCCCUACCCCAUUGAAGUUGACAAGUAAAAUGGUUAGUGUUUGGUAGGGAUUGUGGUCAAGGUAAGGAUUUUACGGUUAGGAUUUAGGGUAGGGACGUACCAGGGAUCCCAGAUAGCACUAACCGACGAGAAAGGUGGUUCCUUCGAGCGAUUUCAUCACCGCGCACCGCCACUGCACAGGUGGCGUGGCGUCAUGCACUCGUCGGUUGAGCGAGCGCGCCGCGUUUUUUUUGCGUAACCCGAUUGGAGUAUUAGAGGAAGCUUCCUUCCAUUAGAUUGGUAUCUACCCGGUAACCCGGUCCCCUCACUCCACACCACCACUUUCCCCAUUACCGGCAUCUACCACCCGAGUCGAUGUUACCUGGAAAACGAAGUGUCGAAAUUAUGUCGGUUUCGGUGGCGUUCAUUGGAGUACUGAUGCUGCAUUCGGUCUCCUCGCAGAACGAGCCGUCAAUCGACUCGUCGGACCAUAUCACGCUGCCAGUUGGUCACCACAACCUGCCCCUCACCCUGCAGUGCAACCUAACUUCAGCCCACAGCGCCCACACCGAGAGCUUCUGGAUGAAGAAUGGGGAGGAGAUCAAAGAGACCCGCGGACAGAGGGCCAACACCGAGUACUACCUGAAGAAGCCCAGAGGAGAGGAUGCAGGAGAGUACAUGUGUGUCUACAGCUUUAAUAUGGCUCCGCCUGCUAACGCCACCAUCGAGAUUAAAGCUGGUCCUGACAUCACAGGCCACAAGCGUAGUGACAAUAAGAACGAGGGCCAGAAGGCCCUGCUCUACUGUAAGGCCACUGGCUACCCCUACCCUAUCUGGACCUGGCACAAACUGGACAAUGGGUUCUACAUGGACAUUGAAAACUCCUCCGGCCGUUUCUUCAUUAACAACAAAGACAACUACACUGAGCUGAGCAUCAUCAACCUGGACAUCGUCUCCGACCCGGGGGAGUAUCAGUGCAACGCCAGCAACGUGAUCGGCACGUCGUCCGUGGUGUCUGUGCUGCGGGUCCGGAGCUACCUGGCCUGGCUUUGGCCUCUGCUGGGCGUCCUGGCCGAGGUCAUCAUCCUGGUCGUCAUCAUCGUGGUCUAUGAGAAACGCAAGAAGCCAGACGACAUACAAGACGAUGACGAACCAGCCGGACCAAUGAAAACUAACUCCACCAACAAUCACAAAGACAAGAACCUUCGUCAGAGGAACACAAACUGAGAACACUGAUAAUAACAUAUUAUACAUGUAUGUAUCGACCACAUGAAGGUAACCAGGAGAAGGAUUCAUAGAAAUGUGUUAAUAAGAAUUUAUCUGCCAAUCAAACGAUGUGGAGCUGAAGAGGAGGAGGAUCCUCUGUAAAUGUCUGUAUUGUAUGACGAGGCAUGCCUUCUGAUUGGAUUAUCUAGCUAUCGUGUGAUAAGGGUGAAGAAUGUGAUCAAUGAACGUGAUCCCAUAACAUUAUGAAUGAUUUACGAAGUGUCUAUGAAGCAUUAUAACCAUUGUUUGCUGCAUGCAGUUAUUGGAUUGUCGCUGUUUAUUGAUUGUUUGAUUGAUUAUGUGUUCUUAUCAAAAUUCUUAUCAUUUUCCAAUUUUUACUUAAUUCUGAAGUAAUGCAUGCAAGGUAUUCUAACUUUCUGUUUGGUCCAGACAUGACAUGGCUUUUUGUCCCAAACGACACUGUAUUUCCCUAUAUAGUCCCCCCCCCUCCCUCCCCCCUCCCCCCUUGAAGGUCUCUGGUCAAAAGUACUGCACUCUAUAGGGCAGGAGUAUUCAAAUCUUAUCAUACGAGGUAUGUAGAACUGAUGUUUAUUCUGUUCUACCUGUUAACACCUAACUGGUGUUCUAGGUCUAAACCAGGCCCGGAUUAAAGAAACAGAAGUGGAAAUGGGUUCAAAAUCCAGAUUUGAAUGUGAAUGGUAUAGAAUAGGGUGUCACUUGGGACUCAGACUUGUUUUUUUGUUUACUUCGAUAGAUGAUCACUAUUUGUGCUAUAGACUUUGCAAUGUAAAAAGGGAGGGGGAAAAAAACGCCACCAAUUAUAAUCUGGUAUGACAGUAGAUCUGUACAGUUUAUCAUUCUGCUGAAUACCAUUUUAUAAAUCGGUUACUUAUUUUAUUCAUAUUUUAUCAGAUUAUUUCUGGUUUCACAUUUUAGUAAGGGCUUUGCAAUGUCUUUUGAAUUUGAUUGAAAAUUCCUAUAUUUAACAUGUAUUGUAUGUAUGUAUCCAACCACCUUAUAUAACCAUACAUGUAGUAAUAUGAAGGAUAUUCAUUCAUGAGAUGCACUUACAUUUUGAAAAAAAUAAUGUAAAUUUAAAAAAAAUCUCUAUAAAGUUAAUUUAGUAUGUAAUUGUAACAACUCCUCCUAAUCCUUCUAACUGCUGUGUUUGACUGAACUAAAGUGUGUAUUGUGUAUAGCAUGGCUAUUAUCCUAUGCAAUAAUAAUCAAUAUUGAUAUUAAUAUAUAUAAAUCCCUCUUAGCAGCUUUUAGAUUCUCAAAUCAUCUCUAGAGCUUUGAUAGAUAGCGUACUGGAUAGCUAGCUGUAUGGUGAUCUAUAAUCAUAUUUAGAGCUUUGAUAGAUAGCGUACUGGACAGCGUGUUGAUCUCUAUAGAUGAUAAUGUUAUACAGUAUAUCUAGAAGUUGAAGCUAGGUAGGAGGCAGUGGAACAACAGGAACUAUGUUAUGUAUGUCAAGAUUGACACUUGUAAAGCAAUCCCCAAAUCAAUCCCAAGUCAUUUUUAAGAAUAAAAACCUAAAAAUAAA